AUGCAACAAAGUCGAUUGGAUAAAUUUUUUACAAUUAAAAAAUCAGCAACAACUAGUAAAUUAGUCGAUAAUAAUGGUGAUGGUUCAAAUGAUUCAACACCAUCUAAUCAACAAACAAAUAAACGAUUAUCAACAACUGAAUAUGAGAAUAACAAGAAACUAAAACGAACAAAAUCAGAUUCACCUACAAUAAACAAUGAGAAUAGUUCACAAAUUAAUGAAAAUUUCGAAACAAAUUUUUCAUUAAAUCAAUUUUAUUUGGAUAAAUUUUUGUUAAUUCUUUCAUCAUUAGUCAAAUAUUAUAAAUAUUUAUUUGAUGAAAAUGAAUUAAUAUUAUUUGAUAAAUUUCAAACAUUAUCUGCUUCAUCACAAAUUAUUUUUAUUCGUUUAUUAAUGCGUCGUUGUAAAUGGCUUCGACGAUCAACAAUAAACUAUGAAAUAUCAAAUGUAACAAAUGAUGAAGAUAGUUUAACACCACUUGUAGAAAUAGGUUUAUUACAAGAUAUUUCAUCAUUAGAUGAUCUUGAUGCUGGUCUACGUUUAUUAACUAGUGAUGAAAUGCGUGAUUUUUCUAAACGUUUUCAUUGUCAAUCAAAAACAAAUAAAUCUAAAAAAACAUCAAUUGAAAAUUUAAAAAAUUUAACAAAUCAAUAUAAAUCAAUGUUUGGUUCAACAACAACAACAACAAAUCGUAAUCAUCUUUUAUUUAAAGAAUUAAAACGAAUAAUAGUUAAUUGUUAUAAAAUAUCUGAAGAUAUUCGUGGAUUAUUUUUUCGAAUGAUGUUAGCUUAUCAUCCAGUUGCUCUUUUAUCUAUGGAUAACCUUGAUCAAAAUGCUUUUACUCUUUUAUAUAAAACAUUUCAAAUUACUCGUGGAGAUCUUCGACUUCCAUGGCGUGAAGAUCAAAUUAGUCAUGAAUAUUUACCAUUUAAAACACCUGAACAACUUAAACUUUAUCAAGAAGCAAUCGAUCUUGAAACAGAAUAUAAUCAAUUAGAAGAAUCUAAAAAUACCGAUGAAUUAAUUAAAUUCUAUGAAACAUACAAUGAACAAUGGCGUGCAAUGAUUGAUUCAUCUACGGAAAAUGAACAAUUACCUGGUUAUUUUCGUCGUUUUUCACCUGAUUAUAUUCGUGCUCGUAUUCUAUCUUAUUUAACUGAAGUAUUACAACGAGCUCGACGUUAUGAUGAAUCAAUUGAAUUAAUUCAAUAUUUAUUGAAUCGUGCAAUAUAUAAUCGAAAUCGUCGAGGUAAAUUAUGGAAUCGUUUAGCACUGAUACAAGAAAAUUAUAUUAAAAUAAAUGGUCAUCAACAAUGUUUAAAUACAAUAUAUGAAGCAUUACAAGAUCCAUAUGUUAAAUUAGGUGAUCGUCUUGCAUUAUGUGAACGAGCAAGAAAAUUAUAUUCACGACCAAAAUCAAAAGGAAUACUUCUAGCAGAAUGGAUAACAAAUGAAGAAGAAAAUUUAAUAUGGACUGUACCAAUGCCAAAAGAAAUUGAAGUUACUGGAUGUUUAUUAGCAAAUGAUGCUCGAAUGGGUAAAGUAACAUAUACAAUACAAGAUCCAAUUGAUGGUUCAAUUCAAUUUUGUACUGUUGAACAAUUAGCUAUUAAUCAUUAUCGAACAAAAGAAGAUUAUACUUAUGGUAUUCAUUCGGAAGGAGCUGUUAUUCAAACAUUAAUUGGUCUUUUAUUUCUUGAUUUAAUUUAUACAUUACCAACACCUGAUCUACUUAUUGAUAUAUUUCAAACAGAACCCCUCGAUUUUCGUACAGAUGCUUUUUAUAAAUCUCGUCAAAAUCAAAUUGAUGAACGAAUUAGUCAGCUGAAUUCUGAAGAAAAUAUACAAGAUAUUGCUGAAAAAAAUUGGGAUAUGUACCAUCUAACAAUGAGUUCAAUUGUAAAUUGGGAAUUAUUUCCAACAAAAUCAACAUUAUUAGGUGCUUUAAAAUGUUUAACAUCAGAACAAAUAAAAUCUAUAUCAACUUAUACAUUUGUACAUAAUCAAGCUGUAUGGAAAGGUUUUCCAGAUUUAUUCGUAUGGAAUCCAUUAUUAAAAAAAUGCAAAUUUGUUGAAGUCAAAAGUCAUAAUGAUCGACUUUCAUAUCAUCAAAUAGUCUGGCUUAAUAAAUUAGUUGAAUUUAAAAUUGAUUGUGAAGUAUGUAAAGUUAGUGCAAUAGGUUCAAAGAAAUCAUUACAACGGACAUCAUCGAUAAUUGAAUUAGAUUAA